AGGAGCGAGAGCAGGAGGAGUGUUUUCUAGUUUGUGAAAAUACAACAUUUGAUCUUUAUCUUUGAUUUCGUGAUUGUCUUCGUUACCGUUUGGAUUCUGAAAAUGGGUUGUGUUCCCUUCGCCUUCUCUAGUGCUGCCGUCUGAGAGCAGGUGCUUACCCCGUCUUUAUAUAAAAGGUCGACUAGUAGUACUGCGAGAAACAGUAUGUUCACGAGUAUGUGGUCUAAAGCUGUUGAAUAGGACAUAUUGAUUUGAACCUCCAUCUCCUCCACCUCCUCGCAGUUUUACUCGUACAUAUUCCCCUCCCGCAGCCACCAAGGAUCAAUCAACAUCAUCAUUUGCGUUUUGAAUAACACAGAAUUGUAGUUGUAGGUCGAGCUGAUGUUUUUCUAAGAACUAUACUUCUUUACGCUGGAUUGAAUUAAUAAAUAAUACAGGCUAAAGACAUAGUCAACACUGAUGUGUUUCUAUUUGGAGAGAGGACUAAAAGUUCAUGUACUAGUGUGGAUGCUCGAUAAGUUAAACAAGUAAUUAAGUUGUGCCUUAUUAUUAAGGUACUGAUACUGAACUUACCACUCCGCAAGACAACAUUGACAUACGCUGCGCUUUAGAACCGAAAAUAAUUAGUUGAGAGUACUGCAUGUUGUUGUAUUUAGCAGCUACUCUCUUCAAAUGCAGCAUCAAUUCUCGUAGAACCGCAGCUAAUUAUAGUUAUGAUGAUCUAUCAGAUUGUACUUGUAGAUGUAGUGCUAGAGCUAGUGUGAACUUGAAAGGAACAUAACUGACAGAGCGUUCUUCUCAACAGAGCGUUCUUCUCAAAAGCUGCUUCAUUGUGAUAGCACUCCAUGCGGUACACCAGACGCUGAGUCGUACGCCCUGCUGCUUAUACCCGUUGCCGCACGGCGGAAUAAGAUAGCAGUCACUUCUGCGCAUUGACUUCGGACACACCCGAGUGGAGCGUCAACAUAGAGGACCUGUUGAACUCUAGGACUCACUAGAAACGAUUUGCAGCACAGCACGAGAAAAAUGGCUCCCUGUAUCGUAAUGGCGAAGAGUACGCCACCUCGAAGAAGCGAGGGCGGCGGGUUCAUCAUUGCGGACAUUCUGGCGGGAUACGACUACCAACAGACGGAUCCCUUCCUGAUAUGGCACGAGCUCCCGAAGAAGUACAUGCACCGAGGGGAAUUCCCCGGUGCGCCUAUGCAUCCUCAUCGAGGUUUCAGCGAAGUGCCAUACUUCAAAAAAAUGGGCCAGACCACGUACACACGACGUGUAAGCGGCAUUGAUGAAGAUGGAGGGAUGGGCGAUGGCGAUCUUGAAUGGGGAAUGGCGGGAAACGGAAUUGAGCACGGUAGUUGCAAUACAUAGUUCGGAUGUUGUAGAACUUACUUAAAAGCCAUAGAAGACGACAUGUAAAUUACUAUCACUGCUAGUAGUACCUAGUAGUACAACGAGUUGUAGAUGCAACUACAUUCAGUUUUUGACGUAAACUCUAUCUUAUUUAUCUUCUUCUUGAUCUUGAUGGAGAAUAGAUAUUUCCAAAUAUUAUUAUAGCGAAGCACUACUACAAGCAAGAAUUAUCAUCUGCACUCAGAAAUACUUCCAAACUUCCUCAUCUUCUAUUCAUGAAGUUUUUACGACUGCAUCGUCUUCCCUUUUUAGGCGUAACCGUGUCACCAGAAUGGGAAGGAGAGAUGCAUGGAUUUCAGCUAUGGGUGAACUUGCCGGAAGCGAAUAGACUCGAUGCGCCAGAUUUUCAAAAUGCCAGCUCGAAAGUGCUGCCGAAGUUUGAGUUUUGCCAAAAUCUAUCCUGCAAUUAGGGCGACUUCUACAUCAUACCCAUAGUACGAUAGUUUUAUUCGGUUUUUAGUGUAUUUAGUUUCUGCUUUACUGCAACCUCCUACUGUUCAUACUUUUUAUUACUAGCUCUAGGUAGCUUGCUGUUUCUGGUUCUUACGCCAGAAUGCUCCUUUGCUCAUGCACAAAAGCCUAUGCUUUUUACUAGAAGAGGCCCUCCAAGUUAUAGAUCAGCUCUAAUCCAUAGUUUUAGUCGGAGAGAUGAAAGGACAAAAGUCGCCCGUGCAGCCGCGCCACACUGAUAUAGCGUACUUCGACUUCGAAGUGCAGAAUCGGGGGACGGUAAUGUUAAGGCGCGUGAGAUUGCAUUCCUCAACACGUUGCAAGGUUCUGGGUGGGCUUCAUCAGACUCGUGUGCAUCACACUUUCCGAUCACCUAUACAUAGAUACCUAGUCAUGAUACUUAUUCCUAACAAAUAAUCACUAGUUAGCAAAGCCACACAGCCAAAACGAUGAUGCACCACACAAAGCCACAGACAAGAUGCAAAAAGAGAACUAGAUGUAAUUCCUCUAAUGUCCACGCCGUUGAGCAUUCCACUAGCUCAGAAAAGAAGAAUGCUGUACGUCUAUGAAGGUUCUCUGAAGGUUAUUUCGCGAGAAAUAAAGCAUGACCUCCGCCGGCACGAGUUUCCUGAAGCAGGUCGCAGGCGGGCUGACGGAGCCGCUGAGGUAACCUAGUCUUACUGUGCUGUGAAGGUUUACGUACUUAGAUGACUUAGCAGUUAGGCAGCACGUACACGUAGCAGAUUGAUCACUUCAUUUUCAAAUACUUAAUCGCUAUCGUACGCAAGGUGCUAUAACCAGUACCGGCGCCUAGUAAUCGUCAAGGGGAACAGGAAUGCUGAAACUGAGACAAAGACCACAGGAGAAACAAUAUCGUACAAGGGAAGAAUAUGAAACGAAUUCAACACUAAGAACAAUUCCUAUCCUUUUUUCUCGUGCAAUCAGCUGACGUCAAGAUCGGGAUUGAGUCAUCCGGCGGCGAUCCCUCACAUAUCGAACCAAGGCGCUUCCCGUGGAGAAACGCCUGUGCAGGUGUGGCUUGCUUAUCUGAACAUGAUUCUGUUAAGCUACUACUCCCACUCCAAGCACCAGUUUGCAAUUGCAUGAAAGCUUCAUCAAUCUGUGGAGAACGCUACUACUAGUACUUAAGGAUGAUUUGAAACAUCCUAAAGAUUUCUAGAAGAUGAAAAUUCGCCUGCGUCUUUGAAACAGAUGAUGAAAGAAAUUGACAUACUGAAUCUGAAAUUAAGAGUGUAGUUUGAAAACCAAAACCAACACCAUCAUGACAUCAGGUAGAAACCGGAGAAGUGGUGAUGUUAUCUGAGGACGGGGAGGAGGUUUUACUGACGGAUCUUAGCCCCGACUGUCAAUUUUUGCUUGCCACCGGGACGCCCUUGCGUGAGGAAUGUGUGCAAUAUGGACCGUUUGUCAUGGGCGAUAAAGCGGCCGUCAUGCAAGCUUUUCAAGACUUUCAAAUGGGUAGACUCUCGAAAAAGCCAGCAACUUAUACCCGCUACUAGGCGGAAUCGAAGUCGUAGGCCGGUAGGCAGUAUUGGGACGAGUUGGUUGUUUCAAGAAUUGAAUGAACGACAUUCUCAUUCAAGAACAACGGAACGAUGACGAUAGGACGUGGCGAGAAGGAGCGUUGAAAGCAGUGUCUGAUGCACAUACCUGCAGCCUUGCGGCAUUGAGACAGAAACGAACGACACAUGAAAACAAAAAAGAUCUACUCACAAAAAUAUAAUCCCAUAAUAGAGUAGUUUAUAGAUGAACGGAUGUAGGAUGGACUUGGAUGGAUCGGAUGGACCCCACUGAUUCUUCCGGUCCUACUUGAAAUGGUGGGGAGUCCAUCCGUUCCAUCCGAUCCAUCCCAUCCCGGAUCUGGCACCCCUAUAAACUGCUCUACCAUAAAUGUACUCUUUGACCUUGGUGAGUUUGCGGGGAGUCGUCAUAUGCUGAAGUCUGUAUUUAUCAUGUCUUAUCUUAGGGAACAAGAACCUGCUGAUCGAGGUAAGUUCACAAAACUUUGGACAGUACAAGAAGGUUUCCCCUGACCGGUUGCUGCUCGUGAUUCAGCAUGUAAUUGCGAACCUGCUCCAUUAUCUAUUACAUACUACCAGAACUGCGUCACAAAUUUAAAGCAGAAUGCAUAGAAGUCCCAGUAUUGGAUCGAAAAACGUCUUCAAGAAUCGAUAAGAGAGCAAAUAGAUUGAAAUAGUUGAUGAAGCAUGAUAGAUACGCAAUCGUCAAUCAAAAACGCACUCGCGGUCGAACUGAUGAAAUGGAGGUCGAAAUGGAGGUCCUCACGAAUAUUGGAGGAAAAAAUACACUCGAUGUAGAUGUUGUUCUUAGAGAAACAGGAAUCAGCAAC